UUAUCUGAUGUACAGCAGUACCUAUUCGAUGGUUUACAUGGCGAAAAAUUGAGUAUUUUCCAUAUAUAUGGUAUUUUCUAGGGAAGACAUUUAUAAAUAAUUAAUAAUGACGUCUUUAGAAAAUUUGGAAACUCAAUUAGAAUUGUUUAUAGAAAACGUUCGCCAAAUACACAUUAUUGUUAGCGACUUUCAACCACAAAGUCAAACUGUACUAAAUCAAAAACUGCAAUCGCUCGUGCACGGUCUACAGGAGGUAGAUAAACUGAAAUCGCAAGUGCAAGAUGUUCACGUUCCCCUAGAAGUAUUUGAUUACAUCGACCAAGGCCGUAAUCCACAACUGUACACUAAAGACUGCAUCGAAAAGGCACUGGCCAAGAAUGAACAGGUGAAAGGAAAAAUUGAUGCGUAUCGUAAAUUCAAAACAAACAUCUUAGUUGAGCUUAGCCGUAUAUUUCCGACUGAACUUAGUAAAUAUCGUGCGUUACGGGGUGAGGAAUGACAAUUGUAUAAAUAAAUCAAUUGUAUUUUCAAUACAGUAAAAAUAAUUGUUAUUUUAAACGGCUUAAGUUGCCAACGAAUCUGUAAAAGUAUUAAUAAAGUCGAUGUGUCCUCUGUUGUUCAA